UGUCCCAAGCUUUGAGGUCUUCGUUCGAAUGUGUUCAGCUAAAAAGGAUAUCUAUGACAAAAUACUCAUACCCAGUAUGAAGUUAUUCUGGCCAAAUGAUACUCGGCUGGUAGUUGUAUUGGAUAACGAGACCAAAAGUGAUCAUCUUUGUGGAGAGGAACUGCGUAACAGGUACCCUUACCCGAAAGUAUUUUAUGAAAAUCCCUCGAAAGCCUACAACAACCACGGACACGAUCGACAACAAUGGUCGAUGUUUUACCCGGAGAAUUACACUAACGCUGAAUACGUCGGAUUUGUGGAUACGGAUACUUUAUUCGUGUCAACUGUCACACCAGAGGAUCUCUUCCUAAACGGAAAACCCGUAGUCAUUGGAGUUUAUGGAAGUUUACUUAAUAGCUGGUGGAGAGGGGUAGCCCUGAAGACAAGUAAACUGUUUGGAAAACCAGAGGUUAUGAAAUGCAUGGGGUAUUUUCCCGUCAUCGUGAAAGUUGAGCACAUCGUUAAAUUGCGACAUUACCUCGAAAAACGACACAAUAAACCAUUUGAUGAUAUAUUUAAAGAGUAUACAGUCGUAGAUAUUUUCUCACAGUUCAACAUCAUGUGCCAGUAUGUAUACACAUUUCAUCGCAGUGAAUACAAUUUUCGUAUUCAAAAGCGUCCGAAUGGAAACUGGAUGAAAGAGAGCCAAGGCAGGAUGCCUUUGAAAUUCUACCGUGAUAAUUUUACAGCGAAGGAACGCACACCUAUUACGAGAGUAGCAAUCCACUGGCGUUACCACGCACCCCAAAAGGACGAAGUUUUACUGCCUCCGUACAAUUUAAAAAGCUACUACCCCCAAGCUCUCCUCGAAGGCAUUUGCCACUCGGGUGGGUUUGACAUUUGCCCUGACCACUGCAGGUAUUUCAAUAAAAGCAACAUUCAUAGAAAUCUUUUCAAUUUUGAAUACUCCGACUGGACGUGGGAUCCUGCUUGUGACAGGGCUCAGAAAAAACACUAUGCGGAUGUUAAGCGUUUAAUUGAAUAUUACAGAUUAAACGAUAUGAACAUAUUUGGUGAAAAAACAGCUGAUGUCGCAUGUGAACGUAUCUUCAGGUCGGUAAAAGUGGACAUAAGCAAAGUUAUUCAUUAGCAAAUGAUAAAAACUCAAAUUAUCGGCCUACACUUCUUAUGUCCAGUGUUUGUAUAUACGUACCUGUAUGCUGGUCACGGUAAUAUCCCACAAUUAUAUUCUGUAGACAUUAUAAGUGUUGAUAUUAUCUUCAUUAAGUCAUAAAUAAUAUAUGAGCGUGGUAUGAUACUAAAGAUAGUUAUGAUUUAAUUGGAGUUGGAACAUACAUGUAAUUAUGCAUUAUCUUUGUUGUGAAAAGGUGAUAGGACACCAAGGGCAGCUGGUCCCCGUUUCA